AUGGUCCAAGAUUACGAAAGUUUGGACGGCACUAAACGGUUGCCCCGAUCAUACGCCAGAAUAUGGUGGAAAGUCAUUGGCUUGAUCCUAAUUUUAGCAAUUGGCUUGCACGUGUGGAACACGCCUGAUUCAAUCAAUCAAGUUGAAGCUAAAACCCAUUGUGCGGUGCCGGAGUAUGUGAUUCUGGAUUCUUACCGCAAAGAUAACAGCACUUUGGUGAAAAUUAUUUACGAUGAAGCGUUCAGAAACACCUCAGCCGCUAAAUUGACUGGGGCAGUCCGGGUCAGAACAGACGUGGGCGAUGAUGCCCCUACUGUGGACGAGGACCCAGAGUAUUGGGAAAAGCGGUUUGGAAAAUUCCACACUUUCCUUGAAAAGACCUUUCCAGGAGUCUGGAACUUCUGCAAAAUUGAAAAAGUGAAUCAUUAUUCGUUGGUAAUUACCUGGGAGGGCUCCGAGUCUUCACUUAAGCCAGUGAUGCUAACUGCUCAUCAGGAUGUAGUUCCUAUCCAGGAGGCGUCUCUAGACCAAUGGGAAUAUCCGCCUUUCGACGGGUUUUACAAUGGAGACCAACUCUGGGGCCGUGGAUCUGCGGAUUGUAAGAACUUGCUUAUCGCACUCUUGGAAACAGCAGAAGAACUAUAUAACAGCGGCUUCAGACCUCGCAGAAGCAUCAUCUAUGCAUUUGGAUUCGAUGAGGAAAUUGGUGGACUGCGAGGAGCAAAUCACAUUUCUGAGUUCCUUUUGCAAAGGUACGGAGAAAAUGGGCUUUAUGCCGUAGUGGACGAAGGUGGACAAUCAUUGGUGAAACAUGGAAACGUGGCUUUGGCCCUAAUUGGAACGGGCGAAAAGGGUAUGUUAAAUGUAAAAGUGGAGGUCGAUACCCCUGGUGGCCAUUCUUCAGUGCCUCCAGACCACACAUCUAUUGGUAUCAUCAGUGAAUUGGUGACACGUCUCGAGAAGAACCCUUUCGCUCCAGUAUUUUCUGACCGCAACCCUACCUUUUACGAAUACCAAUGUAUUGCAGAGCACUCCGACGCCGUGUCUCCCGAAAUUCGAAGACUCAUCAAAGAGUCUCAAACUUCGAAGGCGGCCAGCAAAAAAGUGGCAGAUUACAUCUACAACUCAGAUCUUGGCAGCAGAUACUUGGUGACCACUUCGCAGGCUGUGGAUAUUGUUCAUGGAGGCGUGAAGUCCAACGCAUUGCCUGAACACGUCGAAUUGGUAAUAAACCACCGAAUCGCAGUGGAAAGCAGUGUGGAUGAAGUGAUGAAACGCAAUACCCACUACAUUCAAGCAGUGGCCGAAAAUUUUGACUUGGGACUCCAGAUAGGAGGCGAAACUAUCUCAGCUCCUACCGCAAAGGGCCACAUAACAGUCUCCACUUCAUGGAACCUUGAGCCCUCUCCCUUCACUCCCAUUUACGAUGGUCAUUGGGAAACAUUUGCGGGUACACUCCGCCAUGUUUAUGAGGUUGUGUGCCGUGGUACAUUAAAGGAAUUUGAAGGUUUACGAAUUAUAGCAACUCCAGGUAUGGCGGCUGGUAACACCGAUACGCAGUAUUAUUGGGGCUUGACAAAACACAUUUACAGAUACAGACCGGGGUUGGUACCACUGGUUCAGGCCCAUGCACAUGGCGCCAACGAAAAUAUACCUUUCGAUUCUCACUUGCAGAUUAUUGCGUUUUACUACGAGUAUCUCCAGGUAGUUGGCGAGGUUGAGUAG